AUGUCGUGCAACAUCGAGCGGGCACAAGAAGCUCGUCAGCGAGGCAACACAUUGUACAAAGCUUAUCAAUUUAGUAAAGCCAUUGAUGCCUAUAAAGAAGCUGCAACACUCGUGCCCUCCGACCCCACACCCCUAUCGAAUCUAUCAGCCGCUACCUUUGAGGCAGGAGACUACGAGAAAAGCGUACGAUAUGCCACUGAGGCUCUAGCUCUCCUGGAGAAAGAAGCCGACGAUGAUCCCCGAAAGCAAAAGUUGUUUGCUCGCCUUGACAAGGCCAAGCGUUACCACUCCGAUCCUGAAGAAUCUAUUAGCAAAGAGUCAAUUCGGAAUGCCACUUUGAGCUUGCCAAGAUAUAGGCCUUAUAUGACCAACGAAAGGAGCUACUACGCCUGUGGCCACGAUAUUCCCGAGUCUCAGUAUGGUCAGACACUCAAGGGCACGACCAAGGAUGCCGAAGUUGUAUCGAUCAUGUUCUGCGGUAUAGGAGAUGCUCGUAACAUGCUACAGACGAUGGUACAAUAUUUCAUGGAAGGGCCUCAGUCCCCCGAGUCUAAUCAAAGGCUCCAUUUUACUAUCUUGGAUUUCAAAGCUGCUAUACUAGCAAGAGAUUUGAUUCUAUUUGUUCUCUUGGAUGAUAUAUCUCUAGCCAUAAAAUCAACAGGAGCGCAGGACCAGUCCUUAUUUGAGAUGCUCAGUGUAGCAGGAUAUUUCUAUGCGACUCAUGUGAUGCCGGCUUAUGCUUCGAAUCGAAUUGAUGCAAUCAUCAAACGGCUUCUAGACUCCUUUGACAAUUCCGAGCAACCGAUCCCUUGGGUGUAUGUUCCUGAGGCGGUCCAGGCCGCUAUCCGACCUAGUCUCGAAGCCUGGAAACGAGAGCCAAGAGCGUCAUAUUCCACUAAACGCUUUCGCGAGAUCGCCAGAGAAGAUAUCAUGAUCAACAACAUGAGAAGGAGCUCGUUUAUGCCUAAUCAUGAAAUACACUCACCAUUUCCUCACCUCAAGUCCGACAAGCGUACCUUCGACGACUUAACCAUUGUCUUACCCGAUCCGAACCUGAUUGUCGAGCACGAUCCGGAGCUAGAUAAAUUGCUCCAAGUUUAUUUCAAAACAAAGGACAACGUGAGUAUAAAGGCGAGUGUAUCUGCGCACAUUGACAAGACAUGGAAACCUAACAUCACGCUAGCCGAUAUCGUGUGGGAGGAUGAAAACUCUACAAGACCACACCCAGACAUGACUUUUACGCCGUUUGAAGUUCUGGCAAACCUUAUGAAAGGAUGUAUGGGCGAACACGGAACUUCACCAGUAUGUGGAGAGAAGCUCAUGAAUGUGGUAGAAUUUUAUUUCAUCAUGCUCGGUAAAUCGAUUUCGGCCCUUCGCGAGCGUAUGUUAGUAGAAGUCUGUCUUGGAGAGAUGGCCGAUUGUCUUGAAAGACUGCAGUAUCAAACUCUUGCUCGUGCCACAGAGGCUGAAUCCAAGGAUUGCUUGGUCUCGUCAAAAUGGCCACACAAAUAUCAUGUCAUCCACAUGAGUAACAUUCCUGAUUAUGUUGGUGGUCCUCUCACGGCCUUCCUAUACGGUACACCGCUCCUCGAACAUGGACCAGGAACAGGGGUUGUCUCAUGUAACCUUCGAAACUCGGCAUCAUUCAAAACCCUUUCUCAGUUUCUCGCCGAGUAUCUCCUCAUGUACGAUCGUAAAUUAAUACAGUCUCACUUUCAUCUGAAGCUUUCCCCAGAAACUCCCGAAAGUCCCGCAGAUCCGAUGCCCUCAAUGCGAUACUGCCUCUGGGAGCGGAUCCGGCCAGAGCGAGCCUUGACCUUUGAGCAGCUUAUGCCUCAGUCAAAGCUUUUACACUGGCUCUAUACUCAUUUCCUCAAGAUAUGUUUACCUUACCCACGUGCCAGGGGUGACGAUGGAAUGGGACUUAUCUUUGCUCCGCUUAAUGUGACGGCGUUUGUUCGCUUGUUGAAGCACGUGUCAGAAUUGGGAUAUCCAACUCACUGGAUCUCGAAUCUGAUUGACUCGAUCUUUUCGGGUCAAAUUACUACCACUGCUCGCCCGCCAUCGCAACAGAUUUUUUCAACAAAAGAUGUCGACACAGGACACCCAGCACGAUCCUUUUGCACGAAACCAUGGCUUCUGGAAUUCACAACCUUGACUGGACUGUGGCGUUCCCUCUUACCCGUCGGACUUGUCUUGCCCUCCUUUGUUCCUCGCGUAGAGGAUAUUGUAUGUUACACCGUCAAGUUUCCUAAUUUGGACGUAUGGGAUGGUCAAAUACCGCACUCGAUGCUGGUCUUUUACGAUGAAAAAACUUUCGGACAGCCACCUAAAAAACUCCGAUCACUUCUCAUUGAUGAGGUAAUCGUUUCAAAUUCAAAGUUAAACACGCUAAGGGAUAAGGGAAUACAUUGUAUGAGUACAUUCCAUUUAAGUGUCAAAGCCAGGGAAGUCACAUUCUGGAUCCCCAAAGAUGCUUUUGAAGAGAUGAAAGAAUGGAACGUUUCUAUCUGGAGAACUGAUAUUUGGGAGCAAGAGGAUAAGGGGUUGAAGUUAGGCAAAGCGGUUAUCAAGAAAAGGUCUUGGGAAGAGUGGAAAGAUCACCGAGCGUGA